UUUUUUCCCCCGUGAUGGUGAUUGGACAGUUCGUUUGGGUCGUUUCGUCUCGUUCCGACGGGCGGGGGCGACGCGGCGGCCAUGCGUGGGCGUGAGCGCGGAAAACGGGCGGAUUAAAGGACGGGAAGUGUGUUGUUGUGGUUCCGUCUUGUCUUGCUUUCUUUUGUGUGUGUGUGUUUUUGUUUUUUUUCGUCCGACGAGAACGAGUGUCGCCUUUUUAAGAAAAUAAAAGAAAGGGAGAAAGAAGGAAAAUAAACGUUGUUUACGUUCGGGGAUCUCAGAGGAGUGGAUGGAAGACGAGAGAGAGAGAGAGAGGAGAGAGAGAGAGAGAACCAGCCACAACAACAAAGAGGUCCCAACAACAGCACAAAAACAACACCACCAACCGGGGAGCUCGGCGAACUGAAGCGAACUGAGGCCGUUUCGUGCGUAUGUGUUCCAGCGGUCCGAGAAUAGCGCACGUUGGCCGGGUGUCAACGCGUGUUGAUUCUACAGGGAUGGGGUCGCGCGUCGGGAGCGCUGGGUUCCGCGAGCAGGUGGUGGGGCUGGGCUACCUGUGGGACACGUGGAGCGAGGCGGAGCAGGUGGUGGCGGUGUACUCCCUGGUGCGGCGGCUCGGGCCCGUGCCGGCGCGCUUCCUCCUCAACGUCCUCGCGCACACCACCGCACCUGACGCCGCCGACCUCGCCCAGGUCGAGGCACAAGCCAACGAUCCAGCGUGGGUGAGCCAGAUCCCGGAGGCCAAAGAUGGUGGAGCGGCCGACCUCCUGCACCACCUGCCCCUCCUUCGCCCCUCCAACACCGAGGCCAAGCUGCAGUACCUCUCCAUCAUACCCAAGGUCCUGGCGCACGCCGUGACGUCGGCGGGCAGCCAGCCGGCGGCGCUGGAGAACGCGCGCCAGCUGCUCAGCUACUCCCUCAUCCACCCGGCCAUCACGGCGGAGGAGCGGCGCGCCCUCACCCACUGGCUGCGGGCGCUCGAGGACAGGUUGGCCGACCUCAGGAGGAGGCCCGCCGCGCAGCAGAGGGAAGUGUUUACAAAGAUGACACGAGAAUUCUUUAGUCACCUAAGAGUCAUUUACUGGGAUGACAUGAGCUGGUGUGGAGGGGGAGCGUCAGCAGCUGUGGGAGCCCCCGGUGAUGCCCCACAGUCUCCCAACAACUCGGCAACAUCAUCCAGGUCCUCCGGCUGUGACUCCAACACCGAAGAGCCGUGCCAGCCACACCCAGGCAUGAGAGAUGUUGGAGUAUGGCUCAAGUCCCUGCGUUUGCACAAAUACUCUCCUCUGUUAUGCAACCUCACCUACGAAGAGCUGCUGGCCCUAGAUGAAGCUACCCUGGAGAGCCAAGGGGUGACCAAGGGGGCUCGACAUAAAAUUGUAUUGUCCAUCGCCAAGCUAAAAGAACGUCACAAGCAGCUUGUCCAAAUCGAGAAAGAAGUGAUGAAUGGUGGCAACCUUUUCUGCUGCCUCAACGACCUCAAGUCCAUCAUCCUCACCCCCUUCCCCCCUUACACUCCCCCCACCGACAAAGGGCAGCCGCCUCCCCCACCUCAUUCCCAGUCCACUCCCCCGCCCGAGCCCACUACUUCCUCUUCGUCCUCCCUGUCUUCCUCCCUACCCCCUGCCUCCUCCUCGUCCUCCUCCUCUUCCACACCUACCUCCACCUCCACCUUCUCCUCCACAUCUUCAUCCUGCUCCUCCUCUAUCACCACAACUACCACCACCUCAUCUGCAUCCUCGCUACCCACUUCCUCCUCCUCCUCGGCAUGUUCACUGAGAGGGGACGAGAGAGAGGCCUUGAAAGAGGAGCGGUGUGAGGCUUCCAGGCCAGCUGUGGAGGGAGAUGGAGGCAGCUCCAUCCCCGAGGAUGACCUGCCUUCACAGUUCACAAGGGUCAUGGGGAAAGUGUGCACGCAGUUACUGGUGAGUGUGAGGCCAGAGGACGAGUGUGUAACAGCAUUCCUGGGUCUGGUGGAAAAGUGCGUGAACCACGAGGCAUUCACACUGGCGCAGACAAGACGGCUGCAGUCGUGGAAGCAGCAGAUCAUCCGUGUGUGGCACCCUCUGCCUCCCAAGACCAAGGACAGUCGCCACACCCGUCGGUGGAGUCAGCAGUAUGGAGGUGAUGGGUUCAUUGGUGGUUCCUUCAGAGUCCCUCGAGUUGGUGGGCAGCGGCACUCGCACAUCCCCGCAGGACUUCUCAUGGGAGGCAAGGGCUUCCCCGCGCCGCAGCCGCAUCCGCUCUUCCCGCUCCCUCCCGCCGCCGCUGCCGCCGCCGCCGCGAGUCUCGGGGGCCUCAUGAGUCCUCGGAACAGCCUGCCGGGCUUGCCCUCACUCGGCGUCGGCGGCCUGCUGUCCCCGCAACAGUUCCUCGCCAAACGACCUUCGCUGCAGGAGACCCCUUCGGAGCAGUUGCGGCCCCACAUCACGCUGCAGAGGACCCGCUCGGCCCCGUCCCGUCCCCACCAGUUACCUCUGAGCGGCCACGCGCGCUCCGUGCCCCCGCCCACCACAAGCCUCGCCCCCGGCACCUCCGCGUGCAGCGACCUCCGCCUCUCGGGAGCCUCAGGGACUUCGGGCACGGUCCUCGAGCCGCACUUCUCCCCGGCGACGUCCUACUCGCACCUCGGGCCGCCUCCGUCGUCGCCGGACCCAGCUGACAAUGACAUCACGGACCGCCUCGAGUCGCUCUGCCUCUCGGUCACGGAGCACGCGCUGGGCUAAGUGCAAAUCUUGUUACAACCAAGGCAUUCACCAUCCACAAAUACCACGUGACGGGGUCUUUUAUAGGUGGAUUAUUGGGAAAAUGUUUGCUCUUACGCAUUAGUAUUUUUCUGUGACAGACGUCUACACACGACACGUUCAGUUGCUCAUUAACUCCUUUGCACAAGCAUAUACGUAAAUAUUCACAUACACAGAUGUGCAAUACAAACAUACACACGUGCUCAGGUACACAUGCUGACACAGACAAAGCAUCACACCAGCACACUAAGACAGUUAUGCAAUCAUACUUGUAUGCUGAUACAUGCACACGCAUACACACACACACACACACACACACACACACACACACACACACACACACACACACACACACACACACACACACACACACACACACACACACACACACACACACACACACACACACACACACACACACACACACAGUUAUUUUUGUUCAGUGCAGAAGAGACAUUUUAAUUACUCCAAGAGAGAAGUAUGGUAUGCAGUCGUUUUGAAACCCAAUGUCGAGGAGUGAAUUUAUUUUUUCCGCCCGAAAAACCGGCAGGAGAAAGCAAAAUUUGGAAUUUGGAAUCGGAGAGAGUGACAGCUCACUUAAGUGUUAUUUUGAGUUACCAAAUGAAGACUAAGGGCCAAUUAUGAGUCACCCUGUUCUUGAGUUCUGCAGUUGCAACGAAUUUUCUACAUUCAAAAGAAAAAGAAAAAAAAAAAAAACAAUGGGAUCUCUUUAUAAUUUCUUUGAAAAUGAAGAGUAUUAGACAGUGUCGGAAUCUGAGGCACUGUUUUCCGUUUUUAAGUCUUUAGUUCCAGAGUGCGAAUAGGUGGCACUAGAAAAUAUCGCUCAUAUGAAUUUUUUUUUGUAAGAAACGACUGUACUUCAACUGACUCUGGAAGAAAAUAUACUCGUGUUUUUUCUUUUGUGGAUGGUGAAUCGAAUUUAUAUUUUUAUUUGGAAAUCU